GCUGGGACUCCAGCCAGCGGCGCCGCGGUGCAUGCUGGGCUGGAGGUGGACGGCUGCCUUCGGUUUGUGGAGGACCGACGUCAGUGUUUGUGCUGCUCUGGGGAAGAUGGCGGAGGCUGCGGCUGUUCCCCCGCAUCGGUUUUUCUGUCACUGUUGUAAAGGUGAAGUAAACCCCAAACUCCCGGAGUACAUCUGUCCGAGAUGUGACUCGGGUUUCAUUGAGGAAGUAACAGAAGACUCCAGUCUCCUAGAGGUCGGCGCCAAUGGGCUAGAUGACACAGCCACACAGUUUGCAGAGCUAUGGCACCUCUUGUUAGUCGAGCGGCCAUUUACAAGAGACAUUGACAGCCCAGACUCAGAACCUAGGCUCCCUGGUGGGCGCCUGGGGAGUUUCAGUGACCUAGGAGGGUUAGGAGGGGGACCAAUUGGGGGAUCUGUCCCAGCAGGCCUAGGAGGAUCUAUGGGGGGCCUACUAGGAGCUGGGGAACACUGGGGACCAGGACGCCCCCCUCGUCUGAGCAGCCAGAGGAGAUACCGGUCUAGAGGCAGCAGUAGGCCAGACCGCUCGCCCGCUGUGGAAGGAAUUGUACAACAAUUUCUUGCUGGUCUUUUUGCCAACUCUGGAAUCCCUGGCUCCCCUCCCCUGUCAUGGACAGGGAUGCUGCACUCUAACCCUGGGGAUUAUGCAUGGGGGCAGGGAGGAUUAGAUGCUGUGAUAACACAGUUACUAGGUCAGCUGGAGAACACAGGACCACCGCCAGCAGAGAAGGAGAAGAUCUCUUCACUCCCAACUGUCAAUAUUUCUCAGGAACAAGCCGAUUGCUGUAUGGAAUGCCCUGUAUGCAAAGAGGACUUUAGAGUUGGAGAGCCCGUCAGACAGCUACCCUGUAACCACUUCUUUCACUCAGACUGUAUAGUACCGUGGCUGGAAAUGCAUGACACAUGUCCAGUGUGUAGGAAGAGUUUGAACGGAGAAGACAGCAGCAGCCAGCCCCCAUCAGAGUCCCCCUCGCUCUCCACGGACCCUCGCACACAGGAGAGAUGGUCCUUCUGAGACACCCACCUGUCGCAUCCCUUUAGUUCUCCUCGCCUACAUCAAGCAGACAAAAUGCUUCUCAUUUCCCUCUGUUCAUCUCCGUUGCAGUCAUAAUCAUCUCUGUCUGAGUUUUUGUAUUUUUACUUUUUAUUAUAAUGCCUUUCUCCUCACCUGUGUACCAAUGCAGACGUCUUAAGAGUCAGUUAAGUUCUGAUUUAUCUUUUUUUUUUAUUGCCUAAUAACAAACCAACCUAGAUUGUUUAUCAAGCCCAUAGCCUCUGUACUUUGAACCCUCCAGGAAACUGCUUUCAAAUCUUUUCUUUAAAUAUACUGCUGCAAUAGACUAUGGUGGAGAAAUACCAGACUUCUUCAUGCUUUUCCCUCUUUAUUCAUCUUAAGAUUACCUAAAUCCUGCAACUGAGCCCUGUAAGCAUAUGAAAAGACUGUAGGUGAUUUUUUUUCACUCUACGCAUGCACAGAGGCAACCCAUAACAGCAUGAACACCUUUAUCCCUGAAAUAAAUGCUGUUUAUGAAGGGUCUCUAUAAUGUUCUUUGUUGAGAUUGUGUCAGGAAGAUGUCGAGUGACUGUUGAUAUGUUAGUGUUUAAUUGGAUUGGACUGUAAAGGUGUUUAUGUUUUUGUGUGCACACUCUGCAGUGUUUCAGGAGCACGACAGAGUCUUGUAUAGGAAUCAUGUGGAGUUGCUGCUGUAAAAUGGUCACAAACAGGUCGGACUAACUUCAGAGGAAAGUAAGGGAUUCAAGACACCUUUCAGAACUCUUCUAAAUCAGAAGUAAACAAAACAAUUACCCAUAGUACCAGCAAGGGAAUAAAAAUAAAUCCUCAGAGCUUGGCCCCAUAUACAAUGCUUCAUAUUUCAACAUGCUCCUCCUGGUGUGUAUAAUAUAAACAGCUGGCAUCCCUCUGUCAUUUUAUUCCUGUUUACGACUGUCUUUUGUUUCACAUUUUUAUCACUUUUUGAUGUAAAUAAUUUUAGUCCAACAACUUAAAAUUUGCAAAGAAAUAAACAUGAGAAUGGAGGCCCAAAUGUGAAAUACCUGGUAAUGAAACUGUAUAUUAUAUAUAUGAAAAAAAAUGUCUACGAUAAACUGUCUAUGAUGUAUUAAUAAACUGGAAAAAAAA